UGCGCUGGGUUGGAGGUGGGCGGGGGCUGGGCACGGCGCGGCCUUCCCGGCGGCCUCUGCGGAGGCGGGCCCAAGCUGGUUCCCGCCGUCCGACCCCGCCAUUGGCGGGCCGUUUGAAUGACGGAAGUAACGAGAUCGGGGCCAUGGCUGUCCAGCAGGUACCCAAACGGCUGCUGGGUAACUGGCAGGGUGCAGAUUCCUGUGUGCUGUGAGGUCCGACCACACACGCUGUCAGAUCCUUUAUAUUUAAAAUACUCAGAAAUGAAAAGAAAGGUAAUGAAUGGGAAGCUGAGAUUGAGUCCAAAUGAAGAAGCCUUCAUUUUGAAGGAAGAUUAUGAACGAAGACGGAAACUAAGAUUGCUACAGGUUCGAGAACAAGAAAGGGGCAUUGCCUUCCAGAUAAGAGAAGACAUAAAACAGAGGCGAAACCAGCAGGUUUCUCAUUUGGCUGAGGAGCUAAGGGCAGAAUGGGAAGAAGCACAAAGCCAGAAAAUACAGAACUUGGAAAAACUGUAUUUGGCAAGUUUAAGACAUAUGGGAGAUGGACAUCAACAGGCUAAAGAAAAUGAACCUGACUUGGAUGCUCUUUCUCGGCGGGCAGCAGAAAGAAAAACAAAAGCAGAAGCGAGGCAUAAAGAAGCCCUAAAAGCACAGAAAAAACAAAAAGAAAUGUUAAUGAAACAGAAAACCAGGCACAUAAAAGCUCGAAAGGAAGCAGUGCUUGUGGAAAAAGAGAGAUCUGCUAAAAUGGCCAGGCUGCCACCACCUGUCCCGUCCCCCUUUGAGAACAUUGACAUAAACAGAAUUCCUUCAUUGAAAACCAACCGUUCCACCUACCAUCAUAUUUCUGCCUUUGUGAGUAGACAGAUGGGUACAAAGCAGCCAGAUGCUCAUUUGGCUGCUGAAGAAGAAGCUAGACGGGUGGAAAGACUACGAAAACAGGCAGCACAGGAGAGAAUGGAGCAGUCUGAAAGGGCACAUGCACGAGGAUCCCAAGCCAUGAAAAAGAUCCACUUGGCCCAAAACCAGGAGCGAUUGAUGGAAGAACUCAAACAGCUGCAGAGAGAGGACCUGGCCUGUAAGAGGCAGACGGCGGCUCAGAUGCCGUCACAGCUGCUGGAGCUGCCAUACAGACGGAGUGAGAUGAAGGAGGACUGGCAGCGGGAGCUGGAGUUUGCCUUCGAAGAUGUGUACAGUGCAGACAGGAAGGUGAAAGGAAACCUGAUUUUGCAUCUUAAGCCAGAACCAUUGCCCACAAUGUCUGAUCAGCUCCAAGAUGAAGAACUGGACCUUUCAAUGGAACAAGAAAAUGAAGUGCCCUUGGCAACAAAGACCCAACAGAUCCCUUCAAGAAUUCUUUUGAAAAGAUUAUUAAACAAGAUUCGAAAUCAAAAAUCUCUCUGGACAAUUAAAUCCUUUUCAGAGGAUGACAAUCAGGUGACUGCUAGCAUCAUCAGUGAGAUUGAGAGAAAAGUACCCAGCACGGACUCAGGAACCAUUACCACGGGGGAGACAGCAGUGUCCUUUGAGCAGGAGCAAGUCAUGGGCAGUGAUAGGCUGAUGAUAGAAUCUGGACCACCGAGUAGUGAAGACAAGCCACUUUGCUACAAAUCAGUUACCGGAAAGGAACAAGCGAUGGGUGUGUCUCCACCUGCCACAACUGUGGCUCAGAGUUCAGUCCUGCUUCAUCCUCAGGAAGAAGCAGCGAGACUUCGAAUGUCAGCAAGGCACAAACAGAUAAUGGAGAUAGAAGAGCAGAAGCAGAAGCAGUUGGAAUUACUUGAACAAAUUGAGCAACAGAAGUUAAGGUUAGAAACUGACUGUUUCCAGGCUCAACUGGAAGAGACAAGAAAGCAAGCUGAUCAUCUUGAGGUUCGCCCUGCUCCAGUGUCACAUGCUAUGAUUUCUGAUGAAGAACGUCACAGGCAGAUGAUUCGUAACUAUCAAUAUCAGCUUCUGCAACAGAACAGGUUACAUAAGCAGACUGUUGAAACUGCCAGGAAACGAUUACUCGAAUACCAAACUGUAUUAAAAGAAAGAUGCCCAUCCAUGUCAGCCAGAUCACUGAUACCUGAUUCUGUUGUAUCAGAGCCACCUCAACAAGCCCAAAAGCCUGCUGUUGCCUCAGACUAUUGGGAUCCAAGCCAGAGACCAAAGCUAAGUCCUAGCAAAUAUCAGCCUGUGCAACCCUCACAGAUCCCUGCAUUAGAUCAGAAUCAUAUUCAGGUUCCAAGACAAGGUCACAUUCCACAAAGGCAAGGAGAAACAGCUAGAGCCAAGCAGUCCGUGGAGUCACAGGAACGUCAGUGGCAAUUCUCUCAGGUGGAAACACAGCAGAGAGACUAUGAGUUCAUUUUUAAAGAUUCUCAUUCACUUUCAAGGACUUCGUCUUAUGUUAGGCCACAAACGUUACAGGCUGCUGGAGAAGUAUCUAAACCACUGAGGGCAAUAAUUUGUCAAACUUCAGAUUCCCAACAGAUAUCAUCAGAAGAUAGUGAAAAUAUAUCUUCAAAGCCGACUGAACCGUCUUCUUCUCUCCCACUGAUGCCCGAAUGCUCUUCCAGUAGUCUCUCAGUUAAACUGGAAUCUGAAACAAUUCAAAAAGCCUUUACCACCGUAAACCGGUCUGUAAUCAGUCAAAUGCAUGGUCAGCCCUUGUCAUCCUCAGAGACUGGCACAACCCAGCAGGGUGACAUAAGGUUUCUUCAAGGACAGUUAGAACUACAGAAAAAAGUUCUUCAGGAAAGACAAGAGGCUCAGGAAAAGCUGCUUUCAUGCACACAGAAAGAACUGGAAGAGCAGACUGGUAUCCCAGUAUUCUUCCCUUCACCAGUUGGAAAUAUGUUUUCUUCACUGCCCUCUGCCUCAGCUGAAUCAGGAAACAUCCAGACAUCUUCAACAAAAAGUGAUGCUACUGUUUCCUCAGACAGUAUGGACAACCCAUAUUCACAACCCAUCUCAUUACGGCAAACUAAUUUAGAAUUUCUCCAAGAGCAGUUCAGUGUUGAGAAGGAUAACCUUCAGGCUAGGCGGGAAGCCCAGGAGGUCUCGUUUACACAUACACAGAGUAAGCUGGAUAAAAUUGUACGUUCUGAACAGACUGGAUCUUCUUGGCCACAACUGGUGGCUCUGGAGUCAUUUAGUUCACUAACAUCAGCUGAUACACAAUCUAGAAAAAUCCAGAAACCACCUUUACCUACAAACAAGAAAGGGCUACUCCCAAGCCAGUCUGAAAUCUUAAGCUCUCAGGAUGGAUCUUCAGGUUUUCUACAGCAGACCCUACCUCUCCAGAAUACUUUAAAAUUGCUUCAAGAACAGCUGACUAUACAGAGGGGUAUGAUUCAGCCUAGACUUAAUGCUCAAGAGACGUUACUUUUACAUAAAGAAAGAUGCUCAGUAGACAGUAAAGCUGGGCCAGUAAACUCCCUCUCCUCUGCAGUUGCUCAGCAUUCAGAAGCUGGGCCUCAGAGUCUCCAGGAACUGUAUUCAUCUAAGAAAGAAAAUACAGUUCUCUCCAGUCAUUUGAUCACCCCAGAGGUUCAAGAGGAGUCUCAUGGCUCUCCACAGCACAGCCUGCCAAGACAAGAACAUUUUGCAUCACUGCAGGAACAGGCACAUAUUCAGAGGGUUAUACUUGGUGCUAGAAAACAAAUUCAGGAAUUUGCUCACAAACAAAAUGAAUUUAAAAAGGGACUCUAUUCUCAACAGACUGGCGCCUUGUCUUCUCCAUCCCAAGGAACUGGAUGGGAAAUAUCCCAGGAGUCUCUAUCAGUCAGAAGUGAUAGUACAGAUCCCUUAAGCCAUUUUAAGAUUCCAGGAUUUCAGGAACGACUAGUUAGGGCCUUACAACCUACAUUCCCUCUACGAGAUAAUUUGCAGGAGCACCAAGAAUGGGUAGACCCAGAAAAAGAGAGCUUUCAAUUUAGUCCUCAAACUCAGGAAAAUCGAUCUUCUCAACAGACAGGCUUUUCGUCCUUCACACCCUCAUUAAGACAACCAUCGUGUGUGUCCUUGCCAUCUGUUGACUCUGGUAUAACACAGCAUCCUCUCUCAACAGAGAGGGACAGUAAAGUAACAUCAAGCCAUCUUCAGAUACCAGAACUUCAGCAUAGACUUUUGAAGAUAUCCCAGCUUAUCCAGCCUCAGCAAGACAGUUUGAAGGCCCUUCAAGAACAAUUAGCUACAUCUAGAACAAUCAUCCACUCUAGACAAGAAGCUCUUGAAGAAACACUAAGAGAAUGGAAGGAAAAAAUAUUCCCAGAGCAGGUUGGUCCAUUUUCUCCACUGAUGACACAGCAUUCAUUUGCUUCAUUCCCUGUUUCUGACAUUGAAAGAGCACAAGAACUGUGUUCAACCAACAGUGAAGGUGCCAUAUCUUCAGGUUAUUCUGAGAUGCUGGAGUUGCCUGAUAGGGCAUUGGGUUUAUCGUGUACUGCUCUACCUCAGCAGGGUAAUCUGACUGUACAUCCAGGACACCUUCAUGCACAAACAAAUUCCUUUCAUUCUACUGAAAAAGCCCAAGAAAAAUUGGUGUUUCCCAGACCCUGUAAACUUGAAGAGAUAUCUGCUGAGCAUUCCAUCCAGCCUCCUCAUGACGACUUACAGGCACUUCAACAGCAGUUAGAUGUGCACAGGGAAGCCAUUAGAUCCUGCCAGGACAUACAAGAGGAACUGCUUUUGCAAAGGUUAAAUAAAUUGGAGCAAAGGGUAUCUUCCAAACAGAUUAGUUCUUCUCCAUUGUUGUCCCAGGUAGCACUGCCCAUUGCCAAUUCUGAAGGGACCUUACAGUCUUCCCCAGCCAAAAACGAUGAUACUGAGAUGCUUAGGUCCCACAGUGAGUAUCUGAACUUUUCACAGCCUCUGCAGGAUAAUGUGACAGAGCAGUUGGACUUAGAAGUGGUAUUUCAUAAAGAACUGCUAUUACACAAACAAAAGAGCCAAACCAAAAGUGAAUCUCCUGAGCAUUCCCUCCCUGCUUUGUUUCUGCCUAAGGAAAUAGAACAUCCAUUCAUUCCAUUACCUUUUGCAGAAACUAAAUCGAAAAGCAUUUGUGAAUCGUAUUUAUCUGAAAAGGAGCAUGCAGCUCCUUUUAAUGAUGCUGUGAUCCCAAGAUUGCAGGACAGACUUUUAAGUUAUUUCCAGCCUGCCUUAACUCAGCAAGAUAGCAUGAGUCCUCAGAAGCAGCUGAAUCUUCAAAGAGAAGCUUUGUACUCUAGGCAAAAGGCCCAGGAAGAAUUGCUUGUGCAGAGACAGACAGCCUUACAGCAGCAAGUCCAGAAACACAGAGAGACUCUGAAAGGUUUCUCUAAUGUCAGUCAGACAAGGGCUGCCUCAGGUGAAAAUGACUUGGAAAUGCAGAAGACAGAACAGCUCACAGGGUGGUUUCCUCACAUCCAAGGCUGGCCUUGGGGAGACUCAAGUCAGGGGAGCUCUAGUGGUGACCAGCCAGGUGCAGCAGCUGUCCAUGCUGAGCACAGUGGUGAGAGUCUGGGCAAAGAACUGAGUGGAAGAGCCUCAAAGCCACCUGUCUCCAAAGUGAAAUGUGUUUUUGACUUAAACCAGCAUGAGCUUAGUACUAUACAGGAAGUAGAGUCACCAACAAGUGGCAGGACUUCCAUGCCAGGUAACCAAGGAAAAGCAGAGUUUUAUCGAGACCGAGACCCAUUAAGGGUCUCAGUAAGCAGAGAACAAAGUUACCUGGGGAGCCCAGUGGCACAUGACCCAUUCGGUUGUCACCAACCAUCCGUCCAAGAGAACAGCAAAAGCCAUGACACUGCUAAAGCAGUUAAAGUCAAGAAAUCUGAUAUUGAGGAUCAUGCACUAUUGAGUCAUGCUAUCUCAGAAGAAGAGGAGGAAGAGGAAGCGUGUACAAAUCUCAGUCCACUUAUGAAGCCAGACGAUGAGGUUGAAACACAAGAGAUUUCUCAGGAGCUAUUAUCUUCAAUGACUGUUUCUACUGGAAGCUUCUUAAGUUAUGAAAUCACAGAUUUGAGCCUCACAGAUCCAGAGUCAUUUUCAGAACAGACAGAGCAUCAAGAACAAGAAUCCAGCAGUAAAGAGGAAGAGACAGGCUCUCUUAGCUGUGCAGUCCCUUCAACACAAGUUACUUAUCAGCAGCAGCACUCCUUAGGCGCUCAUAACUCCCUGUUGCCCACAGAGGAAGAAAAUGCAUCUGAUCAGACACAUGUUCAUCAGAUCAUAGACAAGGAUAUAAAUGAAGCAAAUUUGAUACCUGACAAAAGAGACUUUCAGGUUCCAGCUGUGGACCUUGACUUUCCCGAAUUGGAACACCUAUUUCCACACUUGCAUCGUCAGCUCUUUAAACCCUUAGAACCACAUCUAGAUCUUGACCUAUCAUCCCCUGGGACUUCUCAAGAAGACAGAGACUUUUACCAGCAGAACUCAGAAUCUUCAUCUGAAAAACACGUUAAGGCGUUGUCCACAAGUACACUCUGUUUCACAGCGCUGACAGCUGGCUCGCAUUCUCCUAACUCAAGACUGAACCAGCAACUGGACGUUAACCUGGCUCAUGCUACAACUGAGGGAUCUGAACAAUCUUUUCAACAGCUUCUACCAGAAUUCUCUUCACAGGAAAGCCAACAUACUGAUCUACCAAGUAUUUACAGCAUUGAAGCAAGAGGUACUUCCCAAAGCAUGGAAAAUCAGAACUAUUCUGAAAUACUACAAAAUAAGAAAAAAAGUAUCUAUUUCCAGCCCUCGACAGAGAAUUUGAGUCCAGCCUGCAGUUCAUCUGAUACUACUCUAUUUGAUCAGUUACACCCGCAGCACAGCACUCCAUGUGGUUCUGUCUCCAGUGAGGGCUCAGUCAAACAAUUAGAAGGCAGAGAAGAAAUGCUGGGUUUUGAAGAACUGUCAAGAAGAGCAGUUCCAAUGUCACAGAGACUCACUGAAGAUGAAAAUGUAGUUUUACCUAUAAACCCAUAUGUAGGAACAGUGGAGAUGGAAACUUCAAUUCAGGGGUCUAAUUCAUUGAGUAUUCAAAAUGAAAAGCCCAUUCAGAAUGUAAUUAAAACUGAAACUACAAAAGCUGUAAGAAAUGUAUGUCAGCUAGCACAAGAAGAACACAUGUUGAAAUCUGAGUCCUGUCCAUUCCGGAGACCUAUUCCAGUGUGGGAAACAGAAACUGGUUAUGGCAUAAUGGAAGAACCAGAUCUCACUCUAUUGAGUACGAGUGACAUCAGCAUCACUGACACAGAUCUUGCAAACUUAACCAUUGAAGACAAUGAAGCACAGUGUUCUCAGGCAGGUGCAGUGCAGCCUUCGUCUUCAGUGGAAACCACCUUUUGUGGAGCUGCAUCAGAGCCUUGGGCGGACCAACCCACAGUGGCAUCUUCAGCUAUACCAGGUAGUUUGGGGGAAGCAUUCAUGAAAAGAAAAAAGACAUUUAUGGAACGAUCCUACCAGAGACAGAGAGAGAUCUGGAAUAAAACUCCGCUCCCUCAAGCCAAAGUAUCCAAAGAGAAGCUAUCUACAAGUUCAUCCUUGAGCCACCUGAAAGAGGCUGUUAGUGGAGAUGAAACAGCAAAGAGAAACAGGAGCCAGUGUAUAUAAGUAUGAAGACAAGCUGUUUUUCUACAGAAAGCACAAGUCAAGCCAAAAAUACAUACUGACUUCCUACAAAUUGUGUUAAGGGUUCUUUUUUAAUGUAUAAAAUUAUUUAUUGUCAAUAAAUUUUUAUUUAAGUGG